CUCACUCAUGAACAACUCAAGUCUAAUCCAUAAACAAAAAAAAUUUGUGUACAAUAAAACUAAAAGCAGACGCCGAAGUAAAUACUACUAUAAAAGCGGAUGUCUGAAUAUUUAAAGAAUUGAAAUUGUCAAUUUUUACUGGAUUAUGGGAUAUUAGAAAUCAGAUAUUCGUGUAAGUACAGAGCAGAAACCAACAACGCAUUUAAUCAAUGUUCUCCAACGGGCUGCCGUGCAACCUGUCGUUUCCGAGCUGCCUAAGUGUCCCAAAAGAUGGAAACGAGGAGCUCUUGCCUUCCAAUAUGGGGACAAGGGAACCAGUUAUUCUCAAUGUUUACGACAUGUAUUGGAUUAAUGAGUACACAACUUCCAUUGGUCUUGGCGUGUUCCAUUCCGGCGUUGAAGCAUUUGGAACCGAGUUCGCGUACGGCGGACAUCCGUUUCCCUUUACUGGCGUCUUUGAAAUAACUCCACGGGAUCACGAUGAGUUGGGUGAACAGUUUCAAUUCCGGCAGAGCAUACAAAUUGGGUGUACCGAUUUUACAUAUGAAGAAGUGCGUCGCAUUGUCGAGGAAUUGGGCAAUCAAUUUCGUGGAGAUCGUUAUCAUCUUAUGAACAAUAAUUGCAACCACUUUUCGGGUUCAUUAACACAGAUACUUUGCGGCCAAGAAAUACCCAGCUGGGUGAAUCGACUCGCGCAUUUCAGCUCCUGUGUGCCAUUUUUACAGAGAUGCUUACCAAAAGAGUGGCUCACACCGAAUGCCUUGCAGCAAAGCAUAACAACAAUCCAAGAGCGCGAAGACUCGGACAACAGUCCCCUUUGAGACAUUACCUGAUCCAAGAUAUUUGCAAAGUCCCAAGCGAGCGCAACUCAUCUCUGCUGUCUGAAGACCAACAACAAUAUUGUUAAGUUGAAUAGAGUAAAGCCGGGUGAUCGACACUCAUUUCAUGAUUAAAGCCAAGAAAAAAACACACCCUCAAUAGAUUGCAAAAUAAUGUUAAUAGGUUUAUAAUAGGCUACAAUUAAAGUGACUAAAUUAUUGGCUAUUGUAAUUUGACUAUUCAGAACUAAGAUACUAUUAAGUGCCGAUAAGUGUAAGUGCAUAUAUAGGAAGCUGUAGGGCUCUACACUUUCUGCAGAAUCAUUUAUAAAAUUCGGAAUUUUAAAUUAAAUAGUGAACACAUCGAGAGUUAUUUAUAGGAAACAAGCAAACAGCAAGCAUAUUAAAGUUAAGAAUAUCAAAAGUUGUCAUCAUUGUCAUUUGAUUCGAAACCAUUUAUAUUUUUUCCAUGUUUUUAUUUAUAUUUGUACAAUGUCGAAAGCCGCAUGUCUAUCAAAACACCAAAACGAUCUGUUAUCAAAUAAAUAUGUACUUGACAUUCUGAUAUUUACACAUA